AUUUGAGAUCAACAAUGGAGGUUGAAAAAGGAAGAAGAAGAAGAAGACGACGAACUUGAAAUCCUGCUAAGAAAUCAAUCGACAAGUUCUUUCUAUUCACUGUACCAACUUCUCUGCAACCAAUCACAUCCAUUCUUACACUUAACAAGCAGAUGAAGUCGUCGUCUUCAUUCGGUAGUAGUUCGAAAAGAUCAAAUUACAGUCGAGGAUUUGAAUUACCAGAAGAUUCUACUGCUAGAAUCUCGAACGAAUGUAUCAUCGGCGGAGCAAUGCUGCCGAUCUUCCUUAAUGAUUUGAGGAAGAACACAAAGCAGGAUUUAGUUGAAGUUACUUUGGAAUUGGAAAACGAUUCCGUUGUUGUUUGCAAUGUCACUCCGACUUCGAAUCACGGCGGUGGAGAUGAGAAUUCCGAUCCAGUUGGAUUUACUCAUUCGAUUACUUCACGGAUUCGAAGGAAGUUUCCGUGGUUGAGAUCUCCUUCUUUGUUGAGAUCGUAUUCUGAUAAUGAUGAAUCGAUUGCUCAAACUGGUAACGAUUUGAGGAGAAAUCGAAAGAUACUUGAUCGGUCUACAUCGAGUGCACAGAGAGCUUUGACAGGGCUUCGAUUCAUUAGUAAGAAAACUGGAACGACGGAAGAAAGUGAGGUUUGGAGAAAGGUGGAGCUGCGAUUUGAGAGGCUGGCGAAGGACGGUUAUCUUUCUAGAGAGGAUUUUGGAGAAUGCAUUGGAAUGGUGGAUUCGAAAGAGUUUGCGUUGGGGAUAUUUGAUGCUUUGGCGAGAAGAAGACGACAGAAGCUGAAUAAGAUUAGUAAAGAUGAACUUUAUGAUUUCUGGUCACAAAUUUCGGAUCAGAGCUUUGAUGCUCGUCUUCAGAUCUUCUUUGAUAUGGUGGACCACAAUGGAGAUGGUAGAAUCACGCGGGAAGAAAUCCAAGAUCUUUUGAUUUUAAGUGCUUCUGCAAACAAAUUGUCAAAAUUAAAAGAGCGUGCUGAGGAAUAUGCUUCUUUGAUAAUGGAAGAGAUGGACAUGGAUGGUACAGAUGAAAUAGAGAUAUGGCAACUGGAAACACUUCUCCUUCAAAGGGAAACUUACAUGAACUAUAGCAGACCAUUAAGCACACCAACCAUUGGAUGGAGUCGAAAUAUUAGCAACUCCAAAACUAAAAAUGUUGUGCAGAGAUUGUGCAGUAGAAUCAAGUGCUUAAUACUGGAAAACUGGCAAAGGGGUUGGAUCUUGCUGGUAUGGAUUUUGGUCAUGGCUGGGCUUUUCACCUGGAAAUUCAUUGCUUACAGGAAACAUCCUGCAUUUCCCAUAAUGGGUUAUUGUCUUACAUCUGCUAAAGGUGCUGCCGAGACUUUGAAGCUGAAUAUGGCUCUUAUUCUUUUGCCAGUCUGUAGGAAUACAUUGACCUGGCUUCGGACCACUAGAGCUAGAUUCUUUAUACCUUUUGAUGAUAACAUCAAUUUUCAUAAGAUGAUUGCAUUUGCCAUAGUAAUUGGGAUCAUACUACACGCUGGGAAUCACUUGAUAUGUGAUUUUCCUCGCUUAAUCAAAUCAUCUCCCCAGGAAUUUGCUGCAGUUGCCUCUGAUUUCAAUAAUGUAAAGCCCACAUAUAAAAUCAUUCUGACUAGCGUAGAAGGUGUCACUGGGAUCGUAAUGGUGGCUUUGAUGGCGAUUGCCUUCACAUUAGCAACACGUAGAUUCAGGAGAAACGACGUUAAGCUGCCUCCACCGUUGAGUAAAUUUACAGGAUUCAAUGCAUUCUGGUAUUCUCAUCAUCUCCUUGCAUUAGUCUAUGUGCUGCUAUUAGUCCAUGGAACUUUCCUCUACUUUGUCCACAAAUGGUAUCAGAAAACGACUUGGAUGUACAUCUCUGUUCCCCUUUUCCUCUACAUAGCAGAGAGGAGUCUACGAACAUGUCGAUCAGAAAAUUACUCUGUUAGGAUCCUAAAGGUUUCAUCACUACCAGGAGAUGUCUUCACCUUGACCAUGUCAAAGCCAAAUGGAUUUAAGUUUAAAAGUGGUCAGUACGUAUUUCUGCAAUGUCCAAAAAUAUCUCCAUUUGAAUGGCACCCAUUUUCAAUAACCUCUGCACCGCGGGAUGAUCACCUAUGCGUUCACAUUCGAACCGUAGGAGAUUGGACUCAAGAAAUGAAGCGAGUUUUCAUUGAUGAUACGGGUUCAUCAUGUAUCAUUGGCCGCGCCAAGUUUGGACAAUUCCUAGGCAAUGUGGAUCAAAUAGGCUUGCCUAGAUUGCUAGUUGAUGGCCCGUAUGGUGCACCAGCGCAAGACUAUAAAAAUUACGACGUCUUACUACUUGUCGGGCUUGGGAUCGGAGCUACACCUUUUAUAAGCAUACUUAAAGACCUAUUAAUAACCAACACAAGAGCUGAAGAUCAUACAGAUUUGUUCACAGAUGCAAGUAACACAGAUGAUAGCAUGACGAGCUCUGGUUCGUCGAGUAUGACGAUUAAUGGAAAGAAAAGGAAUCCGCCACAUGCACAUUUCAUUUGGGUGACUAGGGAAGCUUGUUCCUUUGAAUGGUUUAAAGGAGUAAUGGAUGAAGUUGCAGAAAUGGAUCAUAAGGGUCAAAUUGAGAUGCAUAACUACCUUACAAGUGUAUAUGAAGAAGGUGAUGCAAGGUCAACUCUUAUCACCAUGGUACAAGCUUUGAGUCAUGCAAAACAUGGAGUUGACAUCUUAUCUGGCACCAGAGUGAGAACACAUUUUGCAAGACCAAAUUGGAAUGAUGUUUUCAAGAAAAUAGCUUUGAAACAUCCCUAUGCCACAAUAGGAGUGUUUUAUUGUGGGACGCCGAUGUUGGCAAAGGAGCUGAAGAAAUUAUCGUACGAAUUGACUUGUAAGACGACGACACGGUUCGAGUUUCACAAGGAACAUUUCUGAAGAAAUAAAUUAUAUAAUCAUUAUUAUAUUUUUCACCAUUGUAAGCUAGCUAGCUAUUUUUAAAAAGGAAAUUAUCUAUACAAAGAAGAAGUUUAGAAUCACAUGGAAUUAAUUAGAUGUAAAUUCUU